AUGGCUGCUACCGCCACAAACAACCCAGCCAGGGACUGGGCCGACGACGACGACAACGAAGAGGUGCCAAGCACCGCCCUCCCCGCCGAUGAGACCAUCCAGAACCGCGACGGCACAAAGACCAUCAUCUCGUACCACCUCAACGACAACGGCCAGACGGUCAAGACAACCCGCCGCAUCCGCCUCAUCACCCACCGCGAGGUCGUCAACCCGCGCGUCGCCGAGCGCAAGAAGUGGGCCAAGUUCGGCCUGUCUGGCAGCGACCCGAUCGGCCCCGCCCCCGACACCACCUCGGUCGGCGAGAACAUCAUCUUCCGCCCCUCGGCCAACUGGAAGCAGGAGGCCAAGGACGAGAGCAAGGACCCCAACGCCCAGAGCAUGAAGGACAAGCUCAAGGACAAGAAGGUCAAGUGUCGUAUCUGUUCCCAGGAGCAUUUCACCGCCCGCUGCCCCUACAAGGAGACCAUGGCCCCCGUCGGCGAGGCCGCCGUCGCCGACGUCGCCGCCGGCAUGGGCGACGAGCCUUCCGCUGCAGGCGGUGCCGGUGCGGGCAAGAAGGGCUCCUACGUCCCGCCUGCGCUGCGGAACGGUGGCGCGCGCGGCGAAGGGGAGAGGAUGGGCGGUGGCAAGUUUGGCGAGCGCGACGACUUUGCCACGCUGCGUGUCACAAACGUCUCCGAGAUGGCAGAAGAGCAAGAGCUGCGCGACAUGUUCGAGCGCUUUGGCCGCGUCACGCGCGUGUUCCUGGCCAAGGACAGGGAGACGGGCCGCGCCAAGGGCUUCGCGUUCAUCAGCUUUGCGGACAGGACCGAUGCCGAGAGGGCCUGCGGGAAGAUGGACGGCUUCGGUUUCAAGCAUUUGAUCCUGAAGGUCGAGUUUGCGAAGAAGGCUGCUUAG